AUGUCUGGUUACGCUUAUACGUACGGCCAAUGGCCGCCACCGCAGCCACAGCCUCAGCCGCCGCAACAGACCCAACAAUACGCGCAGUUUGACUACCAGCCAGUGGGUAGCACGCCACCGAUAUACAGCAACAAUCCGUACCAAGCAACUCCUCAUUAUCCUGCACAGAUACCACCACCAUCUGCGCCUGCGCAGCUUCAUUCUCAUGCUCCUCCCCACAUUUCCCAUACCCCUGACUUUUAUGCCCAGUCGCAAACGGCAUAUGCCUACAAUACGAACAAGACAUCUGCUCUGGGGAUAAGUGGAAUACCGCACGGACAGUCGCGCGGAGAAGGGCCUCCUGGUGGUGCGGGCUGGAUGCAGGGCAGCACAUUCGAUGCCACAUCAUCUUCGUUUCCUCCGCAGUUCCCUGCGAAGAAUCAGGAAAUCCCUGCUUCGGGCAGUUUCCAGGAGCUUUUUCAACCACACCGCGCACCCAUGCAACACGAGCAGUCAUACCCGAUCACAACUGCCCCGCCCCUGCAGAUUGUGUCGGCUCCGUCUCCUCUGGCCCCCAGCAAAGAUACGCACAACAUCCAUGUCGAGGAAGGUGAGUUGGAGGAGGGCGAGUUGAGCGAGGGCACGGACAUGUAUGAUCCGCAGACGGUCACUAGCUCUGCCGUGCUGAGAGAAGAUUCGAUCUCAAAUACGGCACAGCAAAACGACGAGGCAGAAGAAGACUUGAAACGCCCAUCUCUGGAGCCAGCUGUGGCAAUCUACGCCGGUGUCACGGGACAGCCGCCGAGCCGUGAUGCCAGCGUCAUUGAUCCUCAGGAAGACGCAUUCUACGACGAAGAUGAAGACGAGGAGCGUGGAGGGGCUGUUGUCAUUGGCCACGGCCCGACCGGCUCAGAUGCAGCAGACGCCGACGACGAAUAUAUGGGAUUUUCCGAUUCAGACCAGAGAUCGCCUGUCCAAGAGCAACACCGCGCUCAAUCCUAUUCUCCGCAUCUCUCGCCUCAGGAAACACGAUCAGGCCGACCGGCACCGCUGCAAGACGGCGAAGGGACGAAAAUCAACCCGUUGAAGACGUUGGACGAGAAGACAAUGGAAACCGUCCGCCUCGGAGCCUUAGGCUCAGAGGCGGACGGUUUGGCGAAAGAAGACAGCCAGAAGCUGGUCGCGGAACACGCGAGCCCUGUCAACACUGCCCCGUUUGCUUCCAUUGAUGACGCUAAGAAGGAGGCACAGAAGGCUAUUCUGCGCCUGAUUCCUUACGGCGUCAACUAUCAGACGUUUAUCGACGAGGGUUUCGACGAAAAGACAAUCAAGUCACUGUUUGCAGAGCUGGGCCUGAAAUCUGCGCAAAUGCCCGAAGCAGAAACUUCACAGCCGUCGCCCAAGCCGGCAUCGGUAGCAGAAAGCCAACGAAGCAACAGCGACACGAACGGCCCGAAACUGGAAGAGAGAAAGGACCGCAUUGCCCGCCUUCUGGCUCUCAGAGCCUCAAAGCCUAGCGCAGGUACGCCACCAGCUGUCUCAACAUCAAACGAGGCAGCGGCGCCACCUGUCGAGAAGGCGAAGUUGGAAAAGACGAGGUCGGACAAAGCACGGCUUUUGCAGCAAAAAUUGGACGCUCUUAAGAGGGCACAAGCAGCAUCUCACGCUCAGUCGUCUGGUGGGCCGCCGCAGAUUCCGACAUUGUCGGAGUUGCCACCGAAUGGCAGCGUCCUGGUCACGCCCUCAUCGUCGGCAUUGCCACAACGACCGGGACCGAAAACGCAAGCAUCUCCAGCAGUGCGCCAACAAUCUGUGGUCCUGCCUGCGUCGACGAUCCCUAGUGUUGUGGCCUCUGGUUCAGGAACGCCACAGGCUGCAGGCGGAUCUCGCAAGCGGCCGGUUGCUGCGGACUUGAACGACUUUUCGACGUUGCCUUCAAAUCCGCUGAAACGGCCAUUCGGGCAGAUGCGGCAGGAUUCGUCGUUGAUCAUCGAUGUCAGCGACGACUCCGACUCUAGUUCAGACGUCGAGAUGGAGAUGGAUUCCCCGACGGACGAGCACCCGUCAAAGGCGCUCCAAGGGGGCCGAGCCCGUGCCGGAAACUCUGUCCGCGAUUUCCCACCCCUCUCAGAAACGCCAUUUCAGCCGCGGCCAUUUGGACGACUGCCUACGUCCAUGCGGACUCCACCGAGCGGACCUGCAGCAACGAGGGCCAAAGACGACGAGUACGCGCGGAAGAUGAGGCAGAUCGAGGAAAUGAAGCGGAAGAUUGCCGAGGCUGAGGCCAAGAAGGCCAGGGGCUCGCCGAGCGGAUCGCAGACGCCGAGAACAGGCGACAGCACACCGCCAGAGGUUGACGCCUCAGCCGCUAAGACGCCCAUUCGCCGGGCAGUGUCCUCCAGCGGGAUCCCGCAGAGCGCAGCGCCAGGACUCGUCGAGGCCGUGUCUGCAAGGCUGCCGAAGCCAUCGGACAACACGUUUGUGGCGGCAGACGCGGCCAGACGUGCACUGAGGACACGUAUUGCCAGCCAGCAGCUGCCACGGGUGGAAGCCACGCUGAAGGAGAAGAUGUUCAAGCUCAAGUUGCUGCAGGAUAAGGUGGCAGCGCUGCAGAAGGAGAUCGACGUAGGCAUGGCCGAGAAGAUGCGGUUGGCAGAGACCAUGGUCGAACUUGACAAGGAGGAGGUUCCCGCUGUUUCUGACCAGCCACAGCCAACGGCCGUCGACGCAGAAGCUAUUCGUGUGACCGAGUCCCCGACUGCAGAUGUGCAGUUGCAGCUGCUAGUGGAAGAGAGCGCAGCCGCGGCUGUCGAGAGCAUGUUGGUAGCAGCGGAUGAGUUGACUGAGACGACGGCUGUCAAGGACAGAGCCGAACCGGAGGGCGAAAAUCGUGCAAAGACAGAAAAGCCCGAUGCCGGCGAGGAAGAGUCAGCAGCCGAGGACCCGCUGCAGUCAGACACAGCGUUGGAGCAGGACAAUAUGUCUGAAGGCCCAUCGUAUGAGCCGAUGGCUGACGAGGCGGAUGAGGUCGACGAGGAUGGUGACAUCGAAAUGGAGGACGAUGUGGACGAAGCAGCUACCGAGCCAACAGUCGAGGCAGCGCCCCUCGAAGUGCUUGCUUUGCCCAUCUCACAACCUCUUGACGAAAACCCGGUUGGCGAUCUGCUUCAGCCACAACAGCGUCAGAAGAGCAAACAGCUUCCCGACAUCGGAAGCUCAAAGGCGCCGCCGCCAGCAAUUCCGGCCCUUGAACCCUACGAGAGUCCGUUGAAGUGCUUCCGUUCCUACCGAUUCCACCCGCAGUAUAAAUCCGACGUGAAGGGCGGCCUGAAAUCAUUAACCUACAGUGGUAGGAUUGACCCCGACGUCGAGCUGUGUCCCUACGAGCUCAGCGGCCAGGCCUGCGCGGCGGCUCCAGACUGCCAGUACCAGCACCUGUCGUCCAUCGUUCCCAAGGAUGACCAAAUCCUCGUUGAGCUCGGCCGGUCCGACGAUUUCACCGGCGAACAGAAAGCCAAGUUUGUCACGGGCCUGAGAGACGUGUUGAAGCGAUUCCGGGAUGCCAAGGUGCGCGACUUUGACACAAUUGCGUACGAGAUUAUUGGCUUCCGACGCCAGUUCCUGGGCGAUGAUUCCAAGGUCGUGUCCCACCUUGAGGACGUCACGGUCUGA